AUUAAGUUUAUUUAACAGGAAGUUUGUCUGAUAUAUCCGGUGUGCAUGCGUAUUGAUGUGGGCCACGUAUUCUGCUCCAACAUUUUCUAAUAUUCAACUCAAAUAAUUACAUUAUGCCGCUUAGACUAGAUAUCAAGAGAAAGUUAUCCGCUCGCUCGGAUCGAGUGAAAUCCGUUGAUCUCCAUCCGUCAGAACCAUGGAUGUUAGCAAGUUUAUACAAUGGAAAUGUCCAUGUCUGGAAUUAUGAAUCACAGCAACUUAUCAAAUCAUUUGAAGUAUGUGAUCUACCAGUUCGAGCAUCUAAAUUUGUUGCCAGGAAAAACUGGGUUAUAACUGGUUCAGAUGAUAUGACUAUUCGUGUUUUUAAUUACAACACCUUAGAAAGAGUUCAUCAAUUUGAAGCCCAUUCUGAUUAUCUACGAUCUAUAGCUGUCCAUCCAACACAACCUUAUAUUCUUACUAGCAGUGAUGAUAUGUUAAUUAAACUAUGGGAUUGGGAUAAGAAAUGGACGUGUACUCAAGUAUUUGAAGGACACAGUCACUACUGUAUGCAGAUAGUUAUUAAUCCUAAAGAUAAUAAUCAAUUUGCUAGUGCUUCGUUAGAUAGAACUGUCAAGGUAUGGCAGUUAGGAUCCAAUGCACCAAACUUUACAUUAGAAGGCCAUGAAAAGGGAGUUAACUGUGUUGAUUACUACACAGGGGGAGAUAAACCAUAUCUGAUUUCAGGAGCAGAUGACAGAUUGGUUAAAAUUUGGGAUUAUCAGAAUAAAACAUGUGUACAGACAUUAGAAGGACAUGCCCAGAAUAUAUCGGCAGUCUCAUUCCAUCCAGAGUUACCCAUUAUAAUGACUGGUUCAGAAGAUGGUACUGUAAGAAUAUGGCACGCCAACACAUACAGAUUAGAAAGUACGUUAAAUUAUGGGUUAGAAAGAGUCUGGACAAUAUCGUCUCAAAAAGGAUCAAAUAAUGUUGCUUUAGGUUAUGAUGAAGGCAGUAUUAUUAUUAAGCUUGGUAGAGAAGAACCCGCCAUGUCUAUGGAUACAAGUGGUAAAAUAAUCUGGGCCAAACAUUCCGAGAUUCAACAAGCUAAUAUAAAGGCUAUGGGAGAUCAAGAGAUCAAGGAUGGAGAAAGAUUACCUCUAGCUGUCAAAGAUAUGGGAAGCUGUGAAAUAUAUCCACAAGCCAUCGCACAUAAUCCUAAUGGAAGAUUUGUGGUUGUAUGUGGUGAUGGGGAGUAUAUAAUCUACACAGCUAUGGCUCUCAGAAAUAAGAGUUUUGGUUCAGCCCAGGAAUUCUGUUGGAGUAACGAUGCAUCAGUUUAUGCUAUCAGAGAGGGAAGCAGUAUGGUGAAAAUAUUUAAAAACUUUAAAGAAUUAAAAUCUUUUAAACCAGACUUCGGAGCUGAAGGUAUUUAUGGAGGUUUUAUGUUAGGUGUAAGAUCUGUUAGUGGUUUAGCUUUCUAUGACUGGGAUUCAACAGAACUAGUGAGAAGAAUAGAAAUCACACCUAAAAGUAUUGUAUGGAGUGAGAAUGGUGAUCUGGUUUGUAUAGCAACAGAUGAAUCAUUCUUUAUUUUACGCUACAGUCCCGAAGCUGUGGAGAACGCCAAGGAAACAAAAGAAGGAAUCACAGAAGAUGGUAUCGAAGAUGCAUUUGAGGUUAUUGGUGAGAUAGAAGAGGUUGUUAAAACUGGUAUAUGGGUUGGAGAUUGUUUUAUUUAUACAAACAGUGUCAACAGAUUAAAUUAUUAUGUUGGAGGUGAAAUAGUUACAGUUGCUCAUCUAGAUAGAGUGAUGUAUCUAUUAGGUUAUAUACCGAAAGAAAAUCGUCUAUACCUGGGUGAUAAAGAAUUAAACGUCGUUAGUUAUAGUCUACUGGUAUCAGUGUUAGAAUAUCAAACAGCUGUCAUGAGACGGGAUUUUGAUACGGCAGAUAAAGUAUUAAGUACAGUACCCAGGGAACAACGAACUCGUGUAGCUCAUUUCUUAGAGAAACAGGGGUUUAAAUCACAAGCUUUAGCUGUUACAUGUGAUCCAGAACAUAAAUUUGAACUAGCCAUACAACUGGGGGAUUUAAAAACAGCAUAUCAACUAGCAAAAGAAACAGAGUCUGAACAGAAAUGGAAACAAUUAUCUGAGUUAGCCAUUAAGAAUUGUGAGUUUGGUUUAGCCCAGGAGUGUUUACAUCAUGCUCAAGAUUUUGGUGGUUUAAUGUUAUUGGCUAGUUCUGCUGGUAACAGAGAGAUGGUAGCACGUCUCGGAGAAACGGCAGAAAAAGCCGGACAAAAUAAUGUAGCAUUCCUUUCGUAUUUUACUAUGGGAAGAUUAGAGGAAUGUUUAGAAGUUUUAAUAAAAACAGGAAGAUUACCAGAAGCUGCUUUCUUUGCCCGAACAUAUUUACCUAGUCAAAUAUCACGAGUUGUAACGUUAUGGCGUGAACAUCUAUCAAAGAUCAACAAAAAAUCUGCUGAUUCCCUCGCUGAUCCUACGGAGUAUGAGAAUCUAUUCCCGGGUCUUAAAGAAGCUUUUAAAGUUGAACAAUAUCUUGAACCACAGAGAAAAUUGGUUUUACCAGCUCAUAAAUAUCCACAAGUUCCUCAAAAUAGCUCUCGUAAUACGGUGGAAGAGAUGCAGGAAGCGGAAGCGGCUGGUCGAUUUGAAUAUAAACCAAUUGAUAGAUUAACGCAAGAUGAUGAUGACGAUGAUGAUGAUAACUUCGAAACACCUUCUCAGCCACCAUCUAAACCCGAGUCUAAAACAGAAUCUAAAAAGCCAGUAGUGGAACCAAGCAAACCUGAUCCGGUCCCUGUAUCGAAACCCCCAGCCCCGAAACCUCAACCAUCUGAUCCCAUCAGUUCUCGGUCAGCAGCGGAAAUUGAACAAGAACUUGAACUAGAUUUAGAUAAUUUACAAUUAGAUGAUGAUAUCGAUACAUCCGAUGUAAAUUUAGAUGAAGAUUUAUUAGAAGAUUAAAGAAAGAGUAUAUUUAUUGUUAUUGUAAAUAUUAUUAUCAUUAUAAACUCGUACAUCAUGGGGGACACAAUAUAUAUCAUAGUAAACCAAACAACUUGUAUAUAUAAUAUUCUAUAUUCACCAGUAGUAUAUACAACACUCUGUAUUGACUAGUGUCAUAGACUACAAUAGUCAACACAUUCUCUGUAUUCAUUGUUUCAGUAGUUUAUCUAAAAGCCACGUACACAGAGAAUCUGGCCAACUAUUGUGAUUGCGUAUAGUCAACACUCUGUAUUCGAUACACUAAAAACUGAUAUAUAUAGAAUAACAAUUACUGGUUUAUUAACUUGAUAAAGACAAGAGUAACAUCGUUAAAACAUAGCAUGUCUAUAAACUUGUUACUAAUGUGUUGCUGUUCAAGUAUUAAAAUUCCAUGUUUUAUAAACUACAAUAGUUUAUUCCAGACUGUCAUGGUCUUGUGUAUUUACAUUGGAGAUACAUGAAUAGAAUCAUAUAAUUUCUUGAAUUAGAAAUCCUUUACAAUUGUUUGGUUGAUUAAAGAUAUAUGUUUUAUUUGACAUUGUUUUGUAUAUUAUUAAUUAAAUUAAUUAAUCUUAUCAGUCCAACAUGUCUGACAGAUGAAUGAACUAAGGCCACUGAUCGUUGUUGGUAUUUCUAGGACAAUAUCUAACUAUUCACGGCUUAAUCAACGCUAAAAUUUAUUUAACAUCAAUGGUAGAUAAAAACUGAAUCGUUAAAAUCGUAAAUUCUUGUACGUGACAAGGAGUGAGAUCUCCUGUCUAAAUUUGUGGGGGUUUUCUGGGUCUUUCUGUUCCCCCCCCCCCCCCCACACACACACAGCUAAAGACCCCUACCUUCAAAUGAAUUAUUGAAAUAAAAUUGAACCACGUGUUGGUCCCAAGAUGACCUAGUUUGUGUUGAGUGGAUGUCAAACCCUGUUUCUCUCUCAUUGUGGAUCCAAUCGAAUUGUUUAUAUCAAUAGUGUGUAAAGGAUACUGAAAACUGGGGAAUUUUCAAUUCAUGAAGCAUUAUUGUCCUGAUAUUCCUCAUAGAAAUCCAACUUAAACAAUAUUCAAAAUCUCAUUAACGACAAACUGCGGCUGUAAGAUGGAAUUAAAAAAUAAAUUAUGAAUUUAUUUGAAGUAGAAUAAUUUGUUAUGUUUGUUACAUUAUGAAAUCGUUUCUACAGAUUCGGAAUAUUUUGUGAUCAGAUGAAUUAUCAGGGGAGAUAUACAAAUAUUUAAUUAAAAAACCAACAAAUAUUUUAUACAUGAAGUAAAAUGUAACUGUGGCCUAGACAUCAGUGAAUAUAUGUUUAAAGUUUGUCUUAAAUCAUUCUGAUUCUCAGACAGUUGUACAAAAACAAUACGAAUUCUGAAGAGAGGUUUUUAUUAUGUUAAUUGAUCACUGGGCCAACUGACCUCUUACAAAUACUAGUUUCAAUUCAAAACAGGUAUCUCAUUAUUCUAUUUAUAGCAAAGCAUGAUUAUCCAGUGCCAUUUAUUAUUGUGAAUAAUAUUUAUACUUGAUAAUUGAGUCUUCUGAUGAUAUAGAUGUAUCUGGGAAACAGAAUGUUAAAUGUGGGUUAUUAAUAAACAUUUUUUCUUAAUGUCAUAUUAUCAUAUAUUGAAUUAUAAAAUUAAGUGACAGUGCUAUAUGGUGACUAUUAUUAUAUUUGUCUGAAGGUUUAGUGUAAAUAUUUCUAACAUGUAAAUAUCUUGGUUUAAUAUAAAUAUAUAAUAAAGCCACAACCUUGUAUUAAAGUCCUGAAGCACCAUUUGCAUUUUUUUGACUAAUAUUGUACCCAAUUUACUCAACCAAUCUGAUUAAAACACAGGAGCCCAUUUCACGGAAUUUUAACUCAUUUUCAGUAAUUUGAUUGGAUAAUAUUAGAUUGAUUUUAGUGCUUAGCCAAUCAAAAUUGAAGUAUCUACCAAAAUUUUGAUUUUUAUCUUAAGUUAAGAUUUUGAGAAACAGGGCCCAGGACUUGAAAUUCUCCUCUCAUUAAAUAAAAUAAUAUAUCAUCAUGAUGUGUACACACCACUCUACUAUAAAAUACGGAUGUGACGUCAGCCGUUGAUGACCGCGUAUCAUAUUAAAUAAUGGUACAGGCAAUGUGCCAAGCGUACAUUAUUUAUAUUGGACCCGUGAGACGUAUUUCAUUGCAAAGUACGUGCGAGUGUCUGUAUUUUAAGUUGUUUAAUGGUCUCAAGCUUAAGACAUUGUGUAAUAUAUUGAAACAACAACUUUAAUAUCUGGCUGUCGAUCAUUAAACCAUACAUACUAUAAUACUAUAUAUAUGGUGAAAUCUUGUAGCUUUGUACAAUAAAAUAAACAUCAACAUUUCAAAACAA